CCGCGACAGUCAUGGCCUUCAUCGUUUCAUGUUAUUCUGGCAGUUCGGAACAGCUCUCCAGGUGGUGGCGGUGGGGCUGCGCUUGGGAUGUUCCGCCUCGGUGAUGCGAGUGGACUUGUCGCAGAACGACGACCUGGGGCUGGAGGGCCUUCAGGCCAUCACUGAAGCGAUGCAGUUGAACGUCACCCUGCGUGAGCUCACCUUGCGCGCAGUCCGUGCGCUGGAUGAGUCCGGUGCGCGGUGCCUCGCGGAGACCCUGCGGAAGAACCGCGUGUUGAGGAAGCUCGAUGUUCGCGGCAACAGCAUGGGUGAUGAGGGCACCAAGGCGCUGAUCGAAGCCGCGCGCGUGAGCUCCAUCGAAGAGUUGCACAUCUUCGAGCUGAGGCCCUUCGAGUAUCACAAGAUGGACCCCAACCAGGCCUUGGCGCAGGUUCUGGUGGGAAGGUUUUCCCAGGACGAAUUGGAUCUCCACUUCUGCUGCCUUGGGGACGACGUCACCCAGGCGCUGUCCAUGGACCUGACGAGCAACAAAUCGGUGCUGCACUUACGUUUGGAGCAAAACUUCGUGAAGGCCCCUGGUGCUCAGGCGCUAUCACAUGCGCUGAAGGAGAACUCCUCGUUGUUUAUUUUGAACCUCGGGAUGAACUCCAUUGGAGAUGUUGGAGCACAGGCCUUGUCAGAAGCUUUGCUGGUCAACAACACCCUGCGGGAGAUCAUCUUAAACAAGAACAACAUCGGCGAUGCGGGUGCUGACGCGCUCGGGGCGGCUUUGUACCAGAACAACUCCUUGAGGAAGUUGGCGAUGGUUGGGAACGUGAUUGAAGAUCUAGGCAUCCAGGUUCUGGUCUCCGCCGCCGGCAGAUCCUCCUUGGAGGCCUUGCAGCUGUUUGAGCUGUCGGGCCAGGAGCCCAACCAGGCAUUUGCAGCUUUCCUGGCUGGAAGCUAUAAGGAGCCUAAACUGAACCUGGACCGCUGCGGCUUUCACGACGAAGCCGCGAAGGCCUUGGCGGCUGCCAUCCGACGCGAGACGUCGACCAACCACAUUUCCUUGCGCUACAACGACCUCAGUGUUGCUGGAUGGGAGGCCUUGAACAUGGCGACGGGUCGACGAACGCAACGGAAGUCCAUCUUGUCCCGCUCGUCAGACACCAGCGCGAGGUCCUGGCUAGCAUUGAGGGCAAGCAGGCGGAUGUCGCUGAUCAAAUGAAUCAACGAGGUGUUUCACCCUCCGUCCGGAACUCAGAACCGGCAGGGUUCGUGGAAGGCGACCGAUAAUUGGGGAGGGCCCGGUGGCCUUUGGCCUCUGAAGCGACUGCCACAAGGGAGAGAAAGCUUGGUGGAUCCAGAUCGCUCCUUGGAUUAGCUCCAUGUGUCUAUUCCUGGCACGUUUGCCUAUUCCACUAUUCCACUGCAUUUUCGUUCCCAUGGCUAAAUCGGUUUUGAAACGGUGGAUGUGGGCUCUCCAUCUUCCGACCAAUGUUGAAAUAUGAAGCGGCCUUAGUCGACUAACAAGCGGCUCCAAUUUUGCCGCGACUUGGCACCCAACAUCCCCGCAAAGAACGCAAGUGUCGGUGUGUAUUCAGCAAAGUUGUGUCCGCAAACGUUGUGCCAUUUACUCUGAGACCAGGUGCCCAGCAUGUUGGUAUAUGUUGGUAUACUUUGAUGUGCCCAACAUGCACCAGCACGGUGUCCUAGUAAGCGCUUGCCAGCAAGCUGCGGUUAGGCCUACAAGCUGCUGUAAGCUGCAGAGUCUGUUUUUACUCGGCUUUGUGUGUCAAACCUGGUAGUUGUCAGGCGUUAUGAGCUAAACACAAGAAGGGAUGGCCAAGUCCUGCGAAUGGCCAAAAGGGGCACCUUAGUCUAAGGCCUCAAUCUGUUUCAGCGUGAACAUGUCACAUGUCAUCAUGUCCAA